UCCCACAACGGAUCAGAAGAGACACGCGCCAGAUAUUAGUACUGCUUCAAAAGCGCCUGUUAUCGAACUCUUUAUAAAGCUAGUAAAAAUCGAAGAUUAGCGGAUCGGCUAAAAUGCUGCUGUUUCUGUCAUCGGUUCUCGCAGUCUUGCUCUGCAGGGUUGAUAGUUAUGGUAUUGACAAUCGCUUAGAGAUUAAUUUACUGGAUUCGCUAGCAUUGAAUAACACUGUGCGAGGUGUGACACAAGUACCUGGAUUUCAUAAUAGAUCACCUGCUUAUUUGAUUCAAGGUGGUUCUAGAUAUCUUCAAUUGCCAUAUUUUGCUUUCAAAAAGGCGGAAACUCUCCUGAAAACUGGAAAUGAAUUUACUAUCCUGGCGACCAUCAAACAGGAUGCAAGGAAUUCUGGAAGUAUUCUUUCAGUUUCAGCUGGAAGAACAAACUCAUCAGAACGCAGGGAACCAGGGAAACUGACAAACAAGUUGCUUCUGAAUUUUCACAGAUUUCUUGAGCUCUACACAAGCACACGGAGAUCACAGCUGAAAUUCUUCUACACAGGAGCCGAUAAGUUAUAUGCAGAAGAGUUCUCUUACCCUCUGGUUCCUGACAAGUGGACUAAGAUUGCUUUUACAGUCAGUGGGACACAUAUAACGCUAUAUAUCGAUUGUAACAAAGUCACAGAGAGAGUUAUACAUAAACCAAAUUUGAAUAUAGAUCAGAAUGACUUGGUAAUGUGGAUGGGACAAAGAAAUGACCAGGCAUUUUUUAAGGGUACUGUUCAGGAUGUGAAAUUGAUUGUUACAAGUCAUGGAUAUUUAUCACAAUGUCCUGAAUUGGAAAGACAAUGUCCAACAUGCGGUGAAUACCUACAAAUGAUUGGUACCAUUGAUAAUUUAUCUAAUCUCUUACAAGAAAUGGAAACAAGGCUAAAUGAUGCUGAGCAAAGGAUUAGUGAAUUGAGUGAAUGUAGAUGUCAGAAAUCUUGUGAACACAAUGAUGUGGUUAAAUCUGACAUGGAGACGUGGAUUGAAGACUGCCAGCAAUGUACUUGUAAUCAAGGUGCAGUGGAAUGCAGUGCAAUGGAUUGCCCUCAAGUGUCAUGUAAAUAUCCUGUGGUUCCAGAGGGACAGUGCUGCCCUGUUUGUAGGCGACAAUGUUUCUUUGGUGGUCAGUUUUUUGAUGAUGGUGAAUCAUUUAGUCCUCGGCAAUGUGCAAUUUGUCAGUGCGAGAAUGGUAGAACUUCGUGUAAUCAUCAAAAUCCUAAUGAGAUCUGUCCUAAGUUGACAUGUCCUCUUGAUCAACAAUUCAAUGUACCUGAUGAAUGCUGUAAAUUCUGUCAAGGUGUUGAUUACUGCAAUGAAGGGCAUGACUGUCAUGCCAAUGCCACGUGUGUCAGUCUCUCCACUAAACAUGCGUGUCAGUGUUUAAGUGGCUUUGAAGGAAAUGGUAAAGACUGUGUUGAUAUUGAUGAAUGCAAAGAUGAGGGUGGUCUCUAUGGUCACCAUUGCCAUGACAACACGAUAUGUGUGAAUACCCCUGGGUCUUACCUGUGUGAAUGUCUUCCUGGUCAUGUCAGAGAUGAUGAUUUCACCUGUUCUGCUGUGUGUAGUCCACUGUGUAUAAACAGUGGUAGAUGUGUAGCUCCUGAUAUAUGUUGGUGUCCUGCUGGAUAUGUGGGCAGUUACUGUCAAACAGAUGUAGAUGAGUGUGCAUCAAAUAAUCAUGGUUGCCAUAGCAACUCAGUAUGUAUCAACUUACCCGGAAGUUAUUAUUGUCAAUGUAAGACUGGAUACUAUAGUGAAAGUGACCCUCAUCUCGACCUGGGAGCAUCCUGCAUUGAUGCGGAUGAGUGUCGUAACAUUGGUGGUAGUCAUACGUGUCAGCUUGAUAUGGUUUGUGUUAAUGAAGAAGGAGGAUAUCAGUGCCAAUGUAACAACAUGGACAGCUGUAGUAGUAGGUGUCUAUAUCAAGGAUACGAGUAUCGUAAUGGACAACGUUUUAAUCAUCCAGACAAUGAAUGUUAUGACUGCAGAUGUGAGAACGGUGUGACAGCAUGCACACCAGAAGUUUGUAACUGUGAUUCUGACUCUGUAAAUUUGUUUUGCUGUCCACAUUGUGACUUCAAGGGUCAAUGUUUACAUCAGUCAAGUCCAGUUGUUUAUGAUAGUGGUGAUUCAUGGGACUAUCAGUGUCAGCGCUGUCAAUGUAUAAAUGGAAGAAUUGAAUGCACAGAGAAACGCUGCCCGAAGUUAAACUGUGAAACUACAGUUAGUACAGUUGGAGAGUGCUGUCCAAUAUGCUUAGAAGAUAUAUGCAGUAUAGCCAUUUCUGAUGACAUCAUUAGAAGUGGUGAUGACAUCAGCAUUAACUGUGUACAAAAUGGUAUUGAGUAUUAUGAAGGUGAAAGGUGGGAGAUGAAUGAUGAUUCCUGUUCAGAGUGUAUUUGUAGG